AUGGCAAUAGGUCAAUUAAAGUUUGUUGCUGUAGCAGUAGAGUACUUCAUAAAAUGGGUAGAGGUCGAGGCUCUCGCCACAAUAUCGGAGCCCAAGCUAAGAGCCUUCACUUGGAGGUCUAUCAUUUGCAUGUUUGGGAUACCAAAGGUCCUCAUCACCGACAAUGGCAGGCAAUUUGACAACCAAAAAUUUAGAAAUUUUUGCUCAAACCUUGGGAUUGAUCACCGUCUAACAUCAGUUUCGCAUCCUCAGAGCAACGGUCUGGCCGAGAUAACAAAUCGAAUCAUAUUGCAAGACCUCCGAACAAGAAUAAGCGAUACUAGGGGUUCUUGGUCCGACGAGCUGCCUUCCAUACUUUGGACGUAUAGAACAACUCACAGGACAACUACAGGAGAAACCCCUUUUAUGUUAGCCUAUGGCAUUGAAGCAAUGGUCCUAGUGGAAAUUAGACUGCCAAGCCAUGGGAGGCUCGUGCCAGAAAUCUCGGAGCAUACAACUGAACAUCUUGAUCUCUUGGAAGAAGUACGGGAACAAGCCGCUAUAAAAGUGGCCUCUUACCAAACUAAGACAGCAAAACAUUUUAAUAGCAAAGUCAAGGCUCAGAGGUUCAGAGCUGGCGAUUUGGUCUUGAGGAGGGCCGAAGCAGCAGGCCACCCCCCAGGGAAGCUCGGCCCCAUCUGGGAAGGGCCCUUUGAGGUCAUACGACAGGUUCGCAAAGGAGCAUACAGCCUAAGAGACACUUCGGGUCCUCGAGGUGUUUCAACUACUCUAGGCGUCGAGUUAUUUAACCAUCUUACGUCGGGCUAUUUGAGUGAUCGAGAUAUCAAUACACAGCAAGAAGGAAAAUACUUGAUCGAGUAA